AUGUUUGUUUUAUUUGAAAAUCCAGCAGGUUUUGCUGUAUUUAAAAUUUUGGAUGAUGGUAAAGUAAAAAAGGCAGAUAAAAUUUUUGAAGAAUUUGGAACACCAGAAAAAUGUCAACAAAACUUGGAGUUAGUUAAAUUUCACAAGUUUAAGAAUGUUGAUGAUGCUGUUGAAUCUUUGACUGCUCUUCAAGAUGGCAAAAUGGCUAAAUCAUUAAAAAAAGCCUUGAAAAAAACUGAAGGAUUAUCUCAACUUGCUGUUGGUGAUACAAAAUUAGGAUCUAUUGUUAAAGAGAAUCUCAGUAUUGAUUGUGAAUUUUCUGGAGCAAUUGCUGAACUUUUUAGAUGUUUAAGAUUAAAUAUGGAUGAAUUACUUAGUGAACACAAAGAUGAAUUACAUGCUAUGCAAUUGGCUAUUGCUCAUGGUGUUUCAAGAUUUAAGGUUAAAUUUAAUCCAGAGAAAAUUGAUACAAUGAUUGUUCAAGCUGUUUCUCUUCUUGAUGACUUAGAUAAAGAGUUAAAUAAUUAUACUAUGAGAUUAAGAGAAUGGUAUGGAUGGCAUUUCCCCGAACUUGGAAAAAUUCUUGGAGAUCACCAAGCUUAUGCCAAAACUGUUAAAUCUAUUGGGAUGAAGGAAAAUGCUGUAAAUACUGAUUUGUCAUCAGUUCUUCCAGAAGAAUUAGAACAAAAGGUAAAGGAAGAAGCUGAAUUAUCUAUGGGAACUGCUAUAUCUGAAGAAGAUAUGAUUCACAUAUCUGCUCUUUGCGACGAAGUUCUUGGACUUACACAAUAUCGUUCAGAAUUGGCUGAAUAUCUUAAGAGUAGAAUGAAUGCUCUUGCUCCAAAUCUUACAGCACUUGUUGGAGAAUUAGUUGGAGCUCGUCUUAUAUCUCAUGCUGGUUCUCUUGUUAAUUUAGCUAAGUAUCCAGCUUCAACAGUACAAAUUCUUGGUGCUGAAAAAGCACUUUUCCGUGCUUUGAAAACUAAGAAAGAUACACCAAAAUAUGGUCUCAUUUACCAUGCACAGCUUAUUGGUCAAGCUGGACAAAAAAUGAAAGGAAAAAUGGCUCGUAAAUUAGCUGCCAAAGUAUCACUUUCUACAAGAGUUGAUGCUUUAUGUGACGAAAGUCUUGGAAAUGAGACAGGUGUUGAAGCACGUGCUUAUCUUGAGAAAGUUUUAAAUGAUGAUCAAAAUCGUAUGUCAUCUGCUGCUGUAGGUGGUGUUAAUAAAAAAUUAAAGAAUCUAAAAUUUAAAUCAGAAGUAUAUUCUUAUGAUGACGCUAAUGAUGAUACAACCAAUAAAAACAAAAAGCGUAAAAACGUAGAAAAUGGUACAAAUAAUGCUAAGAAGGCAAAGAUGGAUGGGGGAAAUGAAGAAGAAUAA